CUUGCGGAAGCAGAGCGUGGAAUGUUGGUACAUUGUUGUUGUUUUGUAGUUAAUUUAGUACGAGGAUACGCCGCUGCCCGUCUGUGCUGGACGCUUUUUACCAAGUUUGUCAACUUGCUUCACCGGUUGUCGAGGAAACAUACUUUGACAGUUUUACACACUCCGGUCCACAGAUAUCUGAGUCCACAGAGGUGAGGUUGUAUUUUUUUUAAUUAUUUAUUUUUUUCGGAAAGAUGUUUUGACAUUCCUUUCUAAAUUACUCGAGUUCUCACGGUGACAUAGUGGCGCACGCAAACAGGCUUGUGUUGUGCAUCCUCUUCGUAGGAUAAGUUUUGAUCCCAGUUAUGAAAGCUCAUGUUGAUUUCGUAGAUUUGUUGCUUUCGGGCGGACACGUGUUGUGCUGGAGAUACAUAAUACAGUGCUUCAAAAGUGGCGCAGACCUCCGAGCAGUCGCAUAUAGGAAGUUAGAAAUUGUAUGAAAAUAUGUAAAAGGGGGAAACAAACGUGUGUUUUGCCGCUUUCCUGCGAUUUGAAAUGGUUCUUUGAAAAUAACAGCAGUGAUUAUGACACUGACUGAAUGCGGUCCCUUUAAAAAAAUUAUAGCUAAUAAAUUUUAUAAACUGUAUAACGAGCGAGGAGACGUUUUCGACCAGCAUUGUGGGAGGGAAGAAAAAUAAGACGAUAAAAAUCACACUAUUUCUUCGCACUUCUCAUUAAAAGUAAAGCUAAAGUUACAGAAUGUGUUACAAAAUAUGUUUAUAUACUAUUACUAAGCAUGCCUGAACCUCUAAGGUUUUAGAUUAUAACUUUUUCUAGAACGAAAAAAACCCAAACCCCAAAAUUGCAUUUCCCCCCCCCCCCACAUGUGUGUUUAUUUAUAGCAUUUCUGUGACUUGAAUGAGAUUUUCGGAAAAUGGAAGUGAAAUAAACUUCCUCACUUUCCUAUUGAAACAAAUCCAUGUACAACAUUUUUCACAUCCUCCUUAAUUUUCGCGCUCUUCCCCAGCUCAUGGCAGCGAGGUUGAUAGCGGGUGCUAUAAUGCAGAAUACCAGCCUGCUUUUGACAUUGGAAUCGACACGUGGUCUGCAUUUUUAGACAUGUGGGACAAAGGGCACGAUGUGGAGUGGAGGUAGACCACCAGGGUUGACUAGCCUACAAGAAACAGCAGAAGGAACCCAUAUUUCCACAAACGAUGAAUCACUUUAGAGACUUUAUCUUAUCGCCGUGUUUAGCUAGAAUUCCUGCUCUGCAUAACUCUUAAUGAAUUGGGUAAAGAUAAGAAAACCUUGAAUUACAAUGACUAAUUGAAUUUUUGACCAUGGCUCUAAAAUAGCUCACAAUGAUCUUCUUUGCAGUCUUGUAUGUCCACCUUUCAGUUUGCCCUUUGCCAUUUACUUAAAAACUUGUGAUUAAUAUAUGGAAAAUAUUUGUGUCUGAGUAACUUGUUCCGCUUAGAUGGUCACAGGUUGAUGUCUUGAGGGGGGGCUUUAUGAUUCAGUUGUUUCUGGUGGGUGCACACUGACUUUCAGUCUGAAGCAGUAGGAGCAGGGUGUGCUCCUGUCAUGAGGUUAACAUGUGGUUCAAUCACCAAAGUGAUGAUAUCUUUUUUGGAUGGAGAAAUUACAGCAGCUGACUCAUCAUACCAGUAUGGGACAGUGGGGGGGGGGGGAAUUCCCCUGAAGAUGCAACAUGUGGUCAAAUUGUCUUCCCUUUGUUUCUCAUUUUGCCGGACAGUGGUGAUGGAUGAAAGCAAUGCAGAAUGCGAGACCGUUUUUGUGGUGGAGUAUUGUGAAAGUGAAAUGUUUGUGGUUAGCAAUGCUAUGACUCACACAGAACACGUUGGCUGUGAUGUGUUUUGCUCCUCUUACUGGAAAAAAGAUGUCAAGUUUUGAUUACUGACUGUGGAAGCCAGUGAUUUUUAUUUGCAGCCGAACAUGCCAACCAGAGUAGACACAGGCAAUAAGAGGUGACUGUUUGAACAGGUCUGCCUUGCAUCUGUCAAACGUGACUCCCUGGCAGUUAUAUAGCAUUUGAGAUUGUUCCCUCUGCCACCGGCAGCGACUUGUAUCAAGUCAUUUCUGUCAGAAAGACUGGAUCUCAAACCACUGCUUUCACCUCAUUAUGGUCAGAGGUGUGGCAAAUGGCAGAGGUACUCCUGUAAUUAUAUUGCCGGAUUGUGUUGCUGGGAAUUCUCUGUUGAUUCCUGAUGGAGCUGGAUGCAACUCUUGAUUCUGUUGUGAUUCAAACUCAAAUCAAAUAAUUCGAAACGUUUGCUCAACCUAUCUGUCCUGAAAGAACAUUAUCGAAAUCUUUAGGACUAUUAUUAGAAGUGACUGAAUAUUAAUAGGUCUUCUUUUAUUCACUAAUUAUUAGUUAUAAUUUAAAAAAGGACCGAUGUGUCCACUUUUCAUUCUUUACAUCGUUCUGAAAACCAGUGUCGAUGACUGGGAGAAUAUCUUCUCACAGAUAUUCGGUGAGAUCUCCUCCCUUUCCGCAAGAAAGUUCCGCUGGUCAUGCCAACCAUUUCUGAGGUUCUCUGUACUUUUCCUUCCUCUCCCUGAAACAACGGGAUUUUCCAGGAAAUGUCAGAUCAGGAGGGUGUGAUUCCCUGCUGCUGGUUGUCGCUUUUACCAGUAAACAGCAUGACUCACUGCUCAGCUAUGCUCUCCAUUUCCUUCACAUAAUAUCCCACCAAAUGUGCUGCGCUGGAGAAAGAGCAGAGUGCUGCGUGCCUCAGUCUGUGAAGAAAUCUCUCCACCCCCCUCCCCUUAGAAAAGUGCAAGAAAUGCAAGCGCUUUCUCAUGAAGACUAAAGUUGAAUGUCAAGGGCAGCAUUAAGUCUGCUUUGCGCUGAACCCCCUCCCCAACCUGCACAAAAAGAGAAGAAAAACAAAGAAUCCAGACAAGCCAGCUCUGCAUUUAUUAGUGAAGUGUGAGCGCAUAAGUCUUUGAUACGCUGUUUAUUUUAGGGGAAGGCUGGGCCCCACAGUUACCUGCUGUAACUGAACAGCAGCCAUGAACAUGACCCGAUCCCUGACUUCAAAAACAGUAAGCUAUACUUUAACCACGAGGUAUCGGUGAAGGAAAGGUACAUACAUUUAUUUAACUGGCUUGGUCUCAGAUGUAGAGCAAGGUUAUAAUGGAUUUCUUGUCCCACAAUUGUUUGCCUAGAGAUGAUUCUUUUUAAAAUCACUGUUUUCUUGCUUCUGCUCUGGUUUACUUGCUUUUGAACUAGUUAAAAAUAUUCAUAACAUGCAUCUGUACAUCUUCAAAAGAACACAGCAGGCAACAUUGUGCUUUUUGCUCAAAUCCCCCAGCAAACAAGCAGAGCCGUGAAAUGUUUGUGCUUAUAGUGGAUAGACAGUGGAGCAUUUACUCCAGUGAGCACUUAUUUGGUUAUCAGUCAUCAAAGGGGUGUCGUUAGGAAUAAAACAGUAUUGCUUGUUGUAUAUCAAAAUGAGGGAAAGUGAAUUAAAAAAAAAAAUGAAGCACUUUGUUUACAAUUUGUCCCUCAAAGGAACACAACAAUAAGGAAGAAAGACUCCUGACUUCCACACGUAAGCAUGCGUAGGCUGUUUUCCAUUUAUUUGGCCAAGUGACAGAUGUGCGAUACUUCAAAAUUCCAGACAUUUUGUGAAAUUUGCAGCCAUUGUUUUACAAGUGGGUUUGUCUCCACUCCACCCCCGUAGCUGAGCGCAUUGCAGGAUAUAUUCAGACUGCAUGUUCCCUCUUCAGCGAAGGUUCGCCUGUGUGCAUGUGAGGGUUUGCACAUGUGUGUUCGCUCAGGAAUGUGGUUUUGUUCUUUACCCGCCAACUGUGGCUUUUCUUUGAGGUAUUUUCCCAGACUCCUUUCCUUACUGUUAUGAAGAAAAAAAAAAGCCUAACGUAAGUUGUUUUCUUGACUAUAGUGAGAGGACGUGUUUUGUCUGUCUUCUCUGUGUGGUUGCUGGGGUUUGUUUUGUUCUCUGGGGAAACUUUGGUGUCCUAAUCAAGAAAGCCGUGUCCCUGUGCAAGUUGCAAAAACAUAAGCACAUGCCUUAAGAAUUUCAGGCAAACAAUCUGGCAUAUUGGUUCAGACUGGGGACCUCUUGUAUAAAGAUCAGAGAGGCCCCAGUCCGCUUUUCCAUGAUUUUUGCAAGGAACAUACCCAGGGACCCCCCUCUGACGCAAUACCACUUAAAUUAGACCGUUUAGAGCCAGCUUGCUUUUGAGGAAUGUUUUAUUUUAGUUCAUCAUCUUUAUUUGAUGCCUCUAAAAUCUCAGUUAUGUAAUUCUUUGCAGCAUGUUUUGCAGAUAAAUAAAGGACAUCAGCGAGCACACCAGAUGUUCCUUAAAUCUCUAAACCGAAGUUUAUGUGGAUUCUGUUUGUAGCUGUUCGCUCAUUACACACAUUUGCCAUGUGUUUAUUUUCCAAGUUAGGAUUCUGACUUGAUUUUCUAUUUCAGGACAAUGACUUAGUAAUGUUUAAAAGACAAGAAGAAGAAAAAAGCAUUUGUUUUUCUAAGUUUUCACUGCACUACUGGUCUGAGUUAGAAUCCCCUAGAGGCCCUGUAUUAACAGAAAUAUAUAUAUAUCACACAAUGAACAGCCACACCCACAGUAUUUUCUUCCACGAAUGCUUCAGCUAAUAGGUCUGAAGAGAAUAUUUCCCCUCUUACUGAGGGUAUCACUUAUCGCAUUGCUCCCUUUAAAUUGUUUAGUUGGCAGAAAUUUGUGUCAGCACUGCGGGCUAAAUAUAUCCACGAGCGUUAAAUAAGGGCAUAGGGCAGCUCAGGAAAGCCCAAUGUAAGAGGAUCCAACCACAGAGAGACGGCACUAAAUCGAUAGACUACAUUGUCUCCCAGCAAAAAUACAUCAGUGACUAUAAAGGAAACUAUUUCUCUGUGACACUCUAUCUUUAGGAAUUUUCCACAUGCUGCCCUGUAAAGUUCAGCAGAACUAUAAAUGUUAUACUGAUGUGAUGAUUUGCUUUGAUGAGGAGGCAGAAUCCUGUAGACUGCUGCUCUGUAAAUCCAGAGAUGUCAGAUCAGAAGAUAAAUGAUGAAUUUAAGAGGGGAAUUGAGGAUUUUUGUACACAGGUUGCCUUGAAGUUAGCAGCACAAGUUAGUGCUGUUCUUUUUUUCUUUUGGUCUGUACUAUGUAUGGGCUGUGUUGCGGUUAUGAAUGAGACUUGUUUACCCUUUUGGUGACCAUGUGACUCACACUCCCACGCCCAUUUGCAGGGCGUUUCCAUGGUAUCUGUUGAGCAUGGAACAGUGCACUCGUAGUCAAGCUGGUCUGUAGGUCUUGAAAUGGAGCCUUUGGGGGAUGUGUGCCUCUCACAGGAUCGCAGCUCAGCGCUCUUGCUUUUUUUGGCCAUGGCAGCAGUCUGGAAAGCAUGUGGCUCACUGUAAUGAGUACAGAGAGGCUUUUCUAAAUACUGCCCUGGCAAAAUCACUGAGGCAGAGAGCUUAAAUGCAAAGUUCUGUGACGAGCAGGAGAGAGGUUGCCUGUUUCUAAUUUUGCCUGGUCUAGUGAACUACAUUGUCACGGCCCUCUUUUUAAUAUGUAAAGACAGACAAGCAACAGUGCUGACAAUUAAUAGAGUCAUGCUGCCAUCUGCUGGUAUUUAUGUCACUAACAAACAAACAUGAGCACUGACAUAUGAUGUAACCCUGGGAUGUGACGUCUGUGCAGUAAACUUCUCGCGUAUCACCACUGGGGGUGUCAUUUCUGCUUAUCUGUCAUAUCUGAAAUGUCAAAUAACAUGUAAGUAAAAAAUAUCAGUAUCUCAUUUUUAAAAUAUAGUGCUUGAACUAAAAUGCACUGUUUAAAAUUCCUGUAUGUUAACGCACUCUGCAGCAGAAGUAACCCGAGUAGUAUAAACUAAUGAUAUGCGCAAAGUAACACAUGCUGCCCAGUCAUUCUAGUAGAAUAACUUCACUACCUCAAUUGCUUCUAAAUUGCCAACAUAAGUAGCUGAGUAAAUCUGCUUAAUUGUAAUUACUUUCGUCCAUCAAUAAUAUGUUCUGUUUCACUUACUUGAGGUCGUAUGUUUUUUACUUUUCAGUGUCUUCUGUGAGAUUCUGGUCAUUUGUCUUCAUGCAGGGAAUGACGACUACUUUUAAGACGAGCAAAGCUUUAAAGGUCAAGAAGGAGGUGGGUGAGAAUGCCCCUGUGCUCAGCGAUGAUGAGUUGGUUGCCAUGUCUGUGCGGGAGCUCAAUCAGCACCUGCGUGGGCUCACCAAGGAGGAUGUUGUGCGAUUGAAGCAGCGACGGCGGACCCUGAAAAACCGCGGCUAUGCCGCGAGCUGCCGCAUCAAACGUGUUACCCAAAAGGAGGAGCUGGAGAGACAAAAGACCGAGCUGCAGCAGGAGGUGGACAAGCUGGCCCGUGAGAAUGCCAGCAUGAGAUUGGAGUUGGAUGCACUGCGAGCCAAGUAUGAGGCUUUGCAGUGUUUCGCACGGACUGUGACCAGAGGGCCUCUCUCACCAGGCAAAGUUGCACCUACCAGCGUCAUCACCAUCGUCAAAUCUACCAGCCAAAACAACUCCAGCCCAUCCGCUUUCUCAACACCUUCCUAGUGUUGACAGGACUGGGCUCUCCUUUGCCUGCCUGGUCCUUCCUAUUUCUGACCUGGUCUAAACCUACUCAUCCCACACUGAGACGAGGCUCGGUAGUUAGACUGAGGGGUGGCCGGGGUGGCAAGCUCUAUGUGAUGUUAUGCUGCAUUCACAAUUCUGUCUCCCUCUAUUUGUCUCUUUUACACAAUCUACAUUGUCUGUGCACUGUGCAAACCCCCUUCCUGACAACCAGCACCGGCAGGUUAUCGGGCCUCUGUGACCCUACCUCCAUGACUAAUAGCAGAGAUUUGCUUUUACUCAAAUUUCAAGUAUUUGACACGCCUUAAUGUGGCAGCACAUGGUCUGGGACACCUCUCAUACUUUAUGAUGUAAAGAAUAAAAUACGAGAGGUUUAAAGUAACGCAUAUGAGACAGUAUGGAUACUUUUAAAGUCUUUGCCAAAUCACAUUUUCUUUGUAUAAAUAUUAAUGAGCCUCUGUGUCUGUUGCCUUGAACAGUUCUACAUGUGAUCUAUGCAAUAUCUCACAUGUAUUUUAACACAGAGGUGAUAUCUUUCCACUGUGAGGUCAAAUGGACACUUCUUCAAGGCCACAGUUAUCAGAUGCCUUUGAAAGCUAGCCAAACGCGGCACCGGAAACUUAUAUGCUUAGCACUUUUAGGAGGUGCUAAGCAGUAAAGUCACUUGACUAAGUGUUUGAGUAACAUGAAAUCUUAUGUAGAAAUGGUUCUGAGGGAUCUUUGCGUUAUACUGUUGACAACUGACCAAUGUUUAGCUAAAAAGCUAUACUAGUCUUUUAACCAUGAUACCUAUAUAAGUAACUUAUUUAGAAAGCAAUACCAGUACAGUUCAGAGAAGUUUGAAUGAUGCAGCUAAAAGUGAUCUAAUCUGGCAGUUUUGAAGAAACACCUUAAAUUAAUAUUUGGAAAGAGUUAAAAUCACCCAUUACGAUAGAAUUUGUCUUUGUCGGACUGGACUGUGUUUCCUUGUACAAUAUUCUGAAAAGUGCCAUUUGUGCCUUCAUUCCUCCUACUGGCAACUGAGAAAAGACAUGUCUGAGUACCGUCAGAUUUCAGAAGGGGUUCCGAUCUCUCUUGUCAACUACAUUCUAGUUGACAGAUAGCUGAAAAGUACUGUUAUGUUAUGUUGUCAAAGACAGUGUAGGCAGUUGGAGCUGUUGCAUGUGAUUGCAUUUGUGUGUUGCCCCUUGACUCAGAAGUUUCUUGAUAUAUAUUGUAGAAAUUUUUUUAAAUUCUGUUUAAAUGGUAAACUUGGUCAGACUAAAUUGCAAAACUGGAAAGUGAUUAAGGAACAUGCGUUUGACAAUGGUGUCUUUCAUCAAAUAGCACUUAGAGAAGACUGUUAAGAUACAGUGAGUAGAAAAAAAAAAUCACAGGGCCACUUGUUUAAAGAAGGAAGUUACGCUUGCAUUUCUGCAGUUACUGGAGCUUAACUAAGUGAAAACACAAUGUGGUCGGACCACUUACAGGAAAGUUGUGCCGAAUGUAACUAAUGAUAGUGAACUACUAUCUGCUGAGGCACUUACUGAGUGGUGUUUAAUCUCUUUUCUUUAUGCAACUCUUGGUAGGUAAUCCAUAUUGGAUAUAAUAAUAAGAGCAGACCUUUUAAGUAUGAUGAAAUUCAAGUUGCUUACUGUAUAUUACAGACUAGAGACGGCAAAGCUCCCACCGCUUCUGUUGUCCCUUAGAUUGAGAACUCCGUCCAAAUAGAAAUCAUUCCUAAUACUGGGUCACAAGAAGUGCUGCUGCCGGUGUUGGUAUUUCCAAAACAGUAACCAGCUACUUUUCUUUUGACACGCUCUUCUACAAGAGAACUCCUGACGCCCGUCUCUAGAAACUGUGGUGUCAAGAUAACUAAAUGCAGUAAAGGCCUUGCUCUCAUUGUACAUUUUGUAAUAUUUAAAUAUGAAAUUCACUUGAAAUCGAGCUGUUCUUACCGAGAAUCCAUUCCCAAUUUGGAGUGAAGUCAAUAGAUUGUUCAUGUCAGGAUUUUCUCUUGGCUAAGAGGACAUGACUGUUCUUCCCCUGUUCCAUAGCUGCAAAGAACAGUAUGGGGAACUUUGCUGCUGUACAACCUGCUGUGAUUUAUAAGCAGGGGCAUUGCUGUGUUCUUACUCUCAUUUUGUAUUUUUCAUUUGGUUUGUGUCAAUACAGCCCAUGUUCUUUUUUUCCUGAUACUUAGUUUUAUAAGCAUAUACAUUAUAUAAAUAUACAUUAUAUAGUACAUAUUUUUCUAUAUUUAUGUCUUUUACUAUGCUGGGAGUGGUGUGAUUAUGUAAUCGGUCUUUGAAGUCUAAUUAUAUGAAUGCUGAACUUUUCUCUUAAAAAGAAAAAAAAGGAAAAAAAAUAGUAUUCAAAUUUACAACGAGAGAACUGUUUUCGUAACUUAAGUUUUGUGAGUAUUUAUGGCCCAAGAAUAGUUCUUCUCAGCAUAUUCACAAUGUAUCUAAUGCACGACUUGGACAGUAACUAGGGUUACAUGCAGGCUGCAGAUGACCUUCUGUAGAAGCUAUCAUAUUUUGUCAUGUCAAAUUUGAUCAUUUCGAGUGUAACACGAAACACUGCCUAAUAUUAAAAGUGCCUAAUUUCAACCAAGUGUUUAGUUUACAAAAUAGGCUUUUGGGCAGCGUUAACUGAGGAAUUAUUAAGAAUAUUGCAAAUAGAAUAUGAGGAAAAUUUGCUCUUAAAACAGAUCAACCUGCAUGCAAACCUAGUCCGCCCCUGCAGCCACUAAACCUGGUAUACUUUUCUAAAUAUGUCAAGCCAGAAAUUUCAGUGACUGCAAUGCUUUUGUAACUGCUUAACAAAAAACAAAACAAAAAGAACCCCAAAGCUCUUUUACGACUGUUCACCCAGGCCUCUUACAGAUAAGGAAUGUGUCAAGCCUUGGACAAAUGAGUACAUAUUACCUGUUUACAUAACUUAUUUCUUGAGCACAUUCACCUAAAAGGCUUUGUGGCUAAAAGCAUUUUCUGCAUAGCAUUACAGUGACCUCUUGUGGUUUAGUUUCCAAGCAAAACUAAGCUACAUCAGGGUUUCUUUAAUUUUUAGCACUUAUUACUGUAUUUGAGUCUGAGGUGAAUACUUUUUUAGGAGCACACCUAAAUAAUAAUUACCUGAAAAAAAAAAUAGUUUCAAAUUUUAAAGUAUAUAUUUAUGUACAGUGCCUAAAUAAGGACAAACCUUCCUCUGGGUGAAUUAAGUUCUACAUUUCAGUAUGACCUAGCAGAGAGUUUAUUCAUGCUCUUUUCUUAAGCUACCCAAAAAAGUCUAGUAGACACACAAGUUUAAAGAAGGUUAAAGAUGUAGAUACAUUAAUGUAGACAUGUUUAUAGGUGAAAAUAAAAAAAAACCUUCCUGCCAUGAGUGAAUACAAACCUUGGUUUGAUCAGCUUUCUUUCUACAUCGAAGUAAACCGCAGUUAAUACCAAGGAGCAGUAAUAGAACAGAUCUUUUUUUUAAAUCUUUCAUACAAUAAUUAUAGCAAAUGCAUGUACAGAAAUGUGCAUGCUUGUAUAUCUUGAGUAAGCAUUCGAGGUGAUCAGCUGUCUUUGAUUAAAUAAGCUUCAACACACAAGCUUUGCCAGUCCUACAAGCUAUAGUAUUUAACUUUAGCCAUGUAGAAAGUCAGUUUUAAUAUUGUAAGAGUGGAGCAUGUGUACAGAUUAGGUGUGGCUAAAAUUAUGGAUGAAAUACAUUGAAUGUUAGUUUAACAGCAGCAACUUCUGCGUUUGUGAGUUUGAGAUAAAUGUCUCGAGGCUUAUAGUGACUGUCAAAUAGCAGUAAAAAGGCAGCAUAAAUUGAGUAUGUACCAUUCAUGACUUGUCAUUACUCUGCUCAUAUAUUUUAUAUUUAUUUCAAUGAUUUGUGUAAUUUUAUUAAAAAGAAAAAACACCUAAAUUAUUUUUUACAUUCAUUUACAUGUUUUCUUAAUGAACUACCCUCAUGUACAAAUAAAAUCUAUGUUGUUUCUGCUCUUA